GAAAAGCUAAGUCACCAACCCAGGGCAAUGAAGAAAAUCAGAGAACUCUUGGCCUACCGCCGGUUCUUCCUCAUUGUUUUUACUCCCCUUCUACUGCUUCCAUUGCCUCUCAUCAUCAAAACCAAAGAAGCAGAAUGUGCAUACACAUUGUUUGUGGUUGGUGUCUUCUGGCUCACAGAAGCUUUGCCUCUGGCUGUUUCUGCAUUAAUUCCUGCUUUAAUGUUUCCACUGUUUGGAAUAUUGUCUUCAAAAAAGGUGGCAUCUGCUUAUUUUAAAGAUUUUCACCUGCUCUUGACUGGCAUAAUUUGCCUGGCAACAUCAAUUGAAAAAUGGAAUUUGCACAAGAGAAUUGCCCUGAAAAUGGUGAUGCUGGUGGGUGUUAACCCUGCAUGGCUCACCCUUGGUUUUAUGAUCAGCUGUGCAUUUCUAUCGAUGUGGCUUAGCAACACUUCUACUGCUGCUAUGGUAAUGCCAAUUGUAGAGGCGGUGGCUCAGCAAAUCACUAGUGCAGAAGCUGAAGUAGAUGCAAUGGAUAUGACAUAUGCAAAUGGAACCACUAAUCCUGCCCUGGAACUUGAAGAAAACAUUAGUGAGUGUGAAACAGCUGACUGGAAAUCCACUAAAGUUGAAGGAUACAGCAAUGGCACUGCUCAAGCUGUGUGUGAUAUUGAAAAUGAAAAGAAUUCAGAACUGAGCCAGUCUGAAAGACAGUACCGGAACAAAAAAGACCACAUGAUAUGUAAAAUCAUGUGCUUGUGUGUUGCCUAUUCAUCCACUAUUGGAGGAUUGACUACCAUCACUGGGACAUCAACCAACUUAAUAUUUGCAGAACAAUUCAAUACACGAUAUCCUGGUUGCCAAUGCAUUAAUUUUGGAUCCUGGUUUAUUCUUUGCAUACCAAUCACUGUUAUUAUUUUAAUACUCUCCUGGGUUUGGCUUCUGUGGCUUUUUUUGGGUUUCAACUUGAAAGAAAUGUUCCAAUGUGGCAAGGCAAAGUCACCUAGAGAACAAGCUUCGGCACAAGUAAUCAAAGAAGAAUACAAGAAACUUGGAUCAAUAAGCUACCCUGAAGUUGUCACCCUUGUCUUGUUCAUUCUGAUGGCCCUGUUAUGGUUUACUAGAGAUCCUGGAUUCAUCCCUGGCUGGUCUUCUUUAUUUCCAAAAUAUCCAGGCUUUGCUACAGAUUCAACAGUGGCUUUAUUAAUUGGGCUCCUCUUCUUCAUUAUUCCUGCAAAAAGAUUGUCUAGAACUUCAAAUGGAGAAAACAUUGUUUUUGAUUACAGUCCACUGAUAUCUUGGAAGGAAUUUCAAGAAUGCAUGCCCUGGGAAAUUGCCAUCCUUGUUGGUGGUGGUUUUGCGCUGGCUGAUGGCUGUGAGGACUCAAAACUUUCAGCCUGGAUUGGAAGCAAAUUAACCCCAUUAGGAUCACAACCCAUAUGGCUAAUAAUUCUCAUUUCAUCUUUGAUCGUGACCACAAUAACUGAAGUAGCUAGCAAUCCUGCUACAAUCACUAUAUUUUUGCCUAUCUUAGCUCCCUUGGCUGAAGCCAUCCAUGUUAACCCACUUUAUAUAUUGAUACCAACAACCCUCUGUACAUCAUUUGCAUUUUUGCUACCAGUAGCAAACCCACCCAAUGCCAUUGUAUUUUCUUAUGGUCACCUGAAAGUUAUUGAUAUGGUAAAAGCUGGACUUGGUAUAAACAUCAUUGGAGUUGCUGUUGUGAUGCUCGCCAUUAUGACAUGGGCACAGCCAAUGUUCAACCUCUCUACAUAUCCACCGUGGGCACCUGCGCCUUCUGCUACUAAUAUCAGUGUACAUUAAAGGAAGAAGAGCAUGUUGCUUUCCUUCUUUCUCCCAGUGAUGGUGCUAGUUGAUAGAUUUGUAUGGCACAAUACAGUUAUGAUCUAGGAUAAGUUGCGCUUCAUAGUUCCUUGUCCUAAGUACUGGUACCAGUUAUCUGGAAAGCCAUAAAACAAGAAUGUUACAACCUGAAUAAUGCACAGAAAGUAAGUCUGUACAAAUGAUCAGUCAAUUCUUCCUGUUAAGACUGUAUCACCAGAGCUAGAAAAUGGCAUUUGUACAUUAUGCACAUUCAUUAUGAAUGAUAAUUUGUCCUUGUUUUGGGAUCACAAAAUAAAAUAGUAUGAUUGUUAGAAGAAUGAUAGAAGAACUAUACAUGGGCAGACAGAUAGACAGACUAACGGAUGAGAAACAAAUUUAAUUUAUUAGUCAGUAAGUCUCUUUGUCUCAUCUUCUUCCAAGAUGCUGACACUUUAUGUAUUCAUAGGAUAUAUUUCAUACUAUCAACUAACACUCCCCC